CAAUCUCUCUUUUUACUUAGCUUCUCAAACUAAGAGGGAUUCGCCCAUAGGCUACGGUGUUCUGAGCCUUAACUUAACCUUGCAAAGUAUCUUAAAUUUAAUGCACUUUUACGUCUUUGCUGUCAUUUUUUAAUCAAAAUUGAAAUAAGGGUCUGUUUGCUACUAUAAAGCAUAUGAAUUGGGAUAAUCGUAAAUAAUAUAUAUCGUAAAGAGUAACGCCGUAACGGUAAGGUAAAAAAAAAAUCGUAAUAUAUACAAGUUUACUUGUUGCCCAAUACUAACGCCAGUAACAGUGGGCCUAACCGAACAUUGUUAAAACUCCAACUAAACUCUGUGUGAAUUUGGAGAUGCCAAAAGGAAUGAUCAAGUUUGACGGUCAGUUGUCCGUAUCUGAUCCCCAUCGGAGCCCAGUGCUGAUAAUAGGUCAGACUAAACAUUUAUCUAGAACUACGUUUAAUGAUGUGAAAAUGAAACUGGAACCAAAGGUGACCGAAGAGAUUUUCAAGUCAGCUGUGGAGAUGUUACACCCUUCCCCGACAGACAUCUGCUCUCUGUAUUUAAAUCUUGCAGCUGUUGCAGCUCUACCAACAAAAUGUUCUAGACACAACAGUCCAGCACAAGGUCAUGCUGUUACCAAACUCGUGAAGAACUGGUCUAGCGGAACCGAUGAAUUUAUAGUGAUUAUAUGUGAGAAGAAAGAUGCUUUUGCUUCGGCCUGUGCCGUAGCUCGGGCUUAUCCACUCUAUAGCACCAAAUCCAGUGGUAUGUCUACGUCACAUAAUGUAAUGGUGGAGUUUUUACUUGUUGAUGAUGAAAGCUUGAAUGAAACAGAUCUUCGGUGUUUGACUGUUGCAGCUGAAGGCGUUCAACUCGCUGCUCGUAUAGUGGACACACCAUGUAGUGAGAUGAACACGACAGCUUUUCUUAAGGAAAUUGAAGAGGUUGGUGUUGCUUUAGGUAUCAAACCAAUGGUUAUUCAAGGGCACGAGCUUGACCGAAAAGGAUUUGGAGGUAUUUUCUCGGUGGGUAAGGCAGCAUCUCAUCCCCCUGCUCUUGCUGUAUUAAGUCACACACCCGAAGGAGCACAAGAAACAAUAGCCUGGGUUGGCAAAGGAAUCGUGUAUGACACUGGUGGUUUGUGUAUCAAAGCCAAGACAGCAAUGACAGGUAUGAAAAGAGACUGUGGAGGUGCAGCUGGAAUACUUGGAGCUUUUUAUGUGUCUGUAAAAAUGGGUUUUCGUAGCAAUCUUCAUGCUGUGUUCUGUUUAGCAGAGAAUGCUGUAGGUCCUAACGCAACACGCCCUGACGACAUCAUCACCAUGUAUUCAGGAAGAACUGUCGAAAUCAACAAUACUGAUGCAGAAGGAAGAUUGGUUCUUGGAGACGGAGUUGCAUAUGCUCAGAAAGAUCUACAUGCCAACAUCAUUGUUGAUAUGGCAACUUUGACAGGAGCCCAGGGUACAGCCACUGGGAAAUAUCAUGCUGCUUUGCUGACAAACAACAGUGACUGGGAACAUGCUACUGUUCAGGCUGGUAAGAAUUGUGGAGACCUUGUCCACCCUGUACCAUAUUGUCCCGAACUUCACUUUAGUGAGUUUGCAAGUGCUCUGGCAGAUAUGAAAAAUUCAGUUGCAGAUCGUUCCAAUGCCCAGCCCUCGUGUGCAGGGCUUUUCAUAGGAGCUAAUCUUGGAUUUGAUUACCCUGGAGUGUGGGUCCACGUGGACAUGGCCUAUCCUGUCCACUGUGGUGAGCGUGCCACUGGAUAUGGAGUAGCUCUUCUUGCUACUCUCUUUGGCCACAAAUCCGAACAAGAACUGUUGCGUAACACCUCGCCAUUUGAGCAGGCUAAUGGUCCUGUACUGGAAAAUGCCAGUAAAAAAAUCCGCCUUGUUUGACACGCCCUUCAACUUAGGCUUUAAAACACGGGCUUCAUACUAUAAUCCAGUUGUCCUGGGUAGCGAGGCCAGUGUUAAACGUAGCAUUUCCUGUCUGGACAGGAAACUGUUGAGGAAACUUGUUCUUUUUGAACCAAGUCUGACUUUUGUUGGCUAAUCUUAAUAUUCUAGAACCAGAUUAAAAAAAAUACAAAUGAUUAAUAUUGAAAUUAACAUAAUUGUUAAAUGACUCUGGAAAAGAACUGUCAAUGAUUUUUUGGUGUAAUGGUUACAUGCGAGUAUGAACAUCAACAGUACGUUUUUAGAUUAAGUUCCAUAUUAUUUAGUAAGGCAAGAGUAUAGACCUACCUCAAACCUUAUAAUUCGUAGGUUUUUUAUUUUCUUCUUUUUAAGCACAAGGCACCAAUCAAAUAAAAUUCAAUUCACCUAAACAGGGGGUGGUCCGUUGUUUCCCGUAGAUGAACCGCAGGAUUUGAUAAUAUGACCAAUAACACACCUUCGUUUUAUAUUCUUUGCUACCUUUUUUUAUUGUUUAAAAAUCACUAGUUAUGCUUCUGUUGCUUAAAUUGUUUUUUUAUGUACCCUCCCCUACUCCCCUUAUAUAUAUAUACUGUUGUUGUGGUAAUAUAUAACAAAACCAUUAUAUACAAAGAUAUACUUCAGGUAAUUAAUAUUAGCGAUAUAUAUUUUUACUUUAGCUAAUUAAUGUUAGCUACUAAUACUACCUUCAUGCGUGAAACCAGUUUUUAACUCUGAUAAAAAAAUAGGAGUUUCUAUUUUGUUACGGUUACUAGUUAAUCCAGUUGGUUGCUGGAGAGUCUUGAUAUAUUUUAUUCAAUUUUUCACACAAAAAAAAAGUACAGCUGUACAAUUGCUCUUAACUAAAACUUUGAAAUGAUAAGGAUGAUUUUAAAUCUUUUUUUAAUUCUUCCUUCUAUAGUAACAAGGUAUAAAUUUCAAUCCUGUACAAUACCUUAUCCAGGUACUUUCUCUUUACCAUCAAAUGCACUUUUAUUAAAUGUUAUUUUGACAAGUAGAUUCUGAAAUAAAUAGCUUUUAUGUA